GCACGGUACCGUUCAUGGCGCUCGAUCUUCUCAGUACAGAUGCUCAACAAGGCGAAGUCGAACACCUAUAUCGCCAUGAUCUGGAAUCUUUUAUGUGGGUUUUCGCCUGGGUUGUCUUGCGUUACAGGCAGGGUGUCCUUCUACUAUGGAAAUCGCGCCUAUUUAUUUCUAGGCCCUGGUCUAGCACGACCCCAGUGAGGUGUUACCUGUAAAUUAUAAAUU